AUGAUCGAGUUCGUAAUUGGGGGCGACAGGCUGGUCCUCGCGAACUCGGGUCCUAACUGGAAUUAUAUCCAUGGGCGUUCGAUGCAGGAAAAUGAACAACCCGGCUAUCACCAUCCGCGCGGCGGGAAGUACGGGUCGGUGAAGUGGGUGGGCUUGUUUAUCAAAUCGGGCGUUGGGGAUAAUAAUCAGUUCAUUGCCAUCAAGACUACCAACAGACUUCUUCCCAAAUAUCUUCAGCGAAACAAGAGCCGCCUGAAUCAUGAUGGUGUCGAUGUGACAGACUGCACCACCAUUACUCUGCAACCAAACCAGCUCUACGGGGCUCAGGGCAAGGCCCAGUAUACGUGGAAUGUGAAUGGAAAGACCCGCAUUGAGGUUCGAAACAAGCAUUUCGUCGACAAAGGGCGCACUAAGGCGUCGAAAUUUGACUACGAUUAUGCUAUCAAACAUUACAGCUCCUUCCAAGCCUGGCUGGCAAGUGCUCUUGAAUGUCUUUCGGUCCAUGGGGACAGUGUCAACAUGGAGAUGGAGGCAAUUACGAAGGGCCUUACCACGGCCGUUGUGAAGCUCAUUGACACCAAGCGAGAUGAGAAUAGAAAGAAAAAGCAGAACGAGCAAGACGAGAAGCCCAUGGUCAACAUCGCUUUCAUCCUCCUGAUACUGGUUUUGGAAUGCAGUAAAUUGCACGAUAGCGUUUUUUAUUAUCUGAUGUCCUUUAUCUCACUGACUACCUAUAUCACCAUCGAGUACAUGAACGCCGACUGCUAA